AAGUCAGGCAGCAUCUGUGGUGAGAGGAGAGUUAACAUUUCAGGUCGAUGACCUUUUAACCAAACCGCAGGGAGAGUUGGGCUGAAUAGUCUUGUUUGUCCAGCAUAAUCUAGCAUAUUCCAAUAUUGAGCAGUCUGUAAACUCUUUGGAACAAAACUAAUGGAUAUACAAACCACACCUUAGAAAAUCAUCAGAACUGUUCUAAACCGUGGCCUUACGUUUCCCGCUUCUGAUUGUGCCGGGUUUUUUUGACGUAGGCCUCGAAACCAUGGCAACCGGCUGGGAGUGGGUCGGGAAGCGACGGCACCAAACCGGAAGUUGGCGUUGGUGAGCCGAGCGCUGUCUCUCUGCCCGAUUCUGCGGCCUUUGCGGUUCAGUUUAGUGAGAAAUGUGACCGGUUGUUUCGGCUCCGGAUUGUGGCUCGAAGGCGCGACCACUGUGCGAGGACUUUUCCUACAGAUUUCUUUCCCUUCUCUGCUGGAAACUCGAGUACGGAUCAAUGGGUUCUGCUUGUUCUCUGGCAUUUUGUCUCAGUGGCCUUUCUUCUUGUGUGAGGCUGGAAUAAUGGCUGCUUUAGGAAGAUUACUGGUGGUUCUAGUCUUCCUGCUAAAUAUCCCUCUCCUACAUGGAAUAGAAUUUGAUCCAUACAAGUUACUAGGAGUUGGAAGAACUGCAACCCAGGCAGAAAUAAAGAAAGCUUAUAAGCAGCUGGCUCGGGAAUGGCACCCUGACAAGAAUAAGGACCCAAAGGCACAAGAUCAAUUCAUUCAGAUUAGCAAGGCAUAUGAGAUUCUUUCAAAUGAAGAGCGAAGGUUGAAUUUUGAUAAAUAUGGAGAUAUUGAUGGGCAGCCAGGAAACCACCAACAACCACAGCACCACUUUCGGAGUUUUCAUAAAUAUGACGGCUUCUUCUUCGAUGAGUCUAUUUUUAACUUCCAGUUUAAUUCUGCCCGUGACUCAUUUGACGAUAAAUACCUCCUACAUUUCUCUCAGUAUAUGAAUGAAGUUGUGCCAGACAGUUAUAAGAAACCUUAUCUCAUCAAAGUGACUUCUGAUUGGUGUUUCAGCUGCAUUCACAUUGAGCCAAUCUGGAAGGAGGUGGUACAGGAACUUGAACCUCUGGGUGUUGGGAUUGGUGUCAUUGAUUCAGGAUAUGAGCGGCACCUGUUAAAUCACCUUGGGGUAUAUCAGCAUCCAGCAAUCGUGGGAGUCAUCAAUGGAAGAGUGUCAUUCUUUAAGAAUGCUGUGGUUCGAGAUAACUUGAGGCAAUUUGUGGAAAACCUUCUGUCAAAUAAGCUUCUGGAUCAGAUAACUGACAAGAAUUAUGUACAAUUUUUGUCUGCAUGGGAGCAAGAUAACAAGCCACAUGCAUUAAUAUUACACCAGAAACCUGUAGUGCCACUGUUGUACAAGUUGACUGCCUUCCAUUUUAAAGAUUAUAUUGCAUUUGGUUAUGUGGAGACUGGUAUAGAAAAGACUGAAGAAAUCCUAACUAACUACAAUAUAAAUAGCUACACAUCUACUAUAAUGAUUUUUAAGGAGAACAUAGAUAAAGCAUCUGAUGUUAUUCAGGCCAAAGGAAUGAAAAAACAAAUAAUAGAUGAAUUAAUUUCUAGCAACAAAUUCUUAUUGGCUCCUCGCCUUACAAACCAAAGACUUUUCAAGGAGUUGUGCCCAGUGAAGCAAUAUCGUCGCCAAAAGAGAUACUGUGUCCUGCUAAUAAUUGGAGAGAAACAUAAGCUGCAAACCCCACACAGCUCUUUUGUUUCCUUUGCCUCUGCGAAUACUAAAGAGUCUCUAAGAUUUGCAUAUGUCUAUCCAGAACGUCAACAAGCAUUUAUUAAUGCCUUACUCCCACCGGCACUGAGAAGUAGUGCUACACCAAACAUUGUGAUUCUACAGCAAAGCACUACUCCAGGGAAAGUGUUCUAUAAAUUGCUUGAAAGUGGAUGGAAUGGGAGCGAGGGAGAUAAAUUCCAACUUUUUACUGAGGUGAAUCAGUUAUUGGAAGUGGGGCACCACACAUUCUUCUCCCAUGAAGCCAUUUUACCUGAAUUAAAUGAUGAAUUUGCGCCAAUCUUCCUCGUCCGCUGGCUGUAUGCCAUGACAGAUUAUGCAUUGCAAAUCUGGGAAUCUGGGUUCACUCAGAACUGGAGGGAAAUGAUGCCUUUGAUUUCUCUGCUUUUUUCUGUGAUUUUCAUUCUGCUUGGGGCAUUCAUCAUUCAAGCUUUUGGUGAACCAACUGAUUUGGAGAGGAGACCUGAACCUGAGAAAAAGGAAGAACCGGCAAUGGCAAAAGUUCAGGAUGUAGCAAAAAAGCAGCAACCCAAUGCCUCCAGGAACUUAAGUAGGUCAUCAGAGCAGGUUUUCGUGGAAGUGACUGAACUGACUUAUGUUAACUAUGCUAGCAACCUUGUGCGGCUCGUUCCUGGAAACAUAAAUGUGCUGGUUGCUGUUACUGAUGCCACAAAGAAUACUUUGAUACAAAGGUUUGCACACGAAGUCUAUCCUGUAACCUGGAAUAAAUCAUUACACUUCUCCUUUUUAAACUUAUCAAAACAUCGCAGGUGGCUGGAAGAUCUGUUGGAAUAUGCCCAGGAUCCUGCUCGAAUUUCCAAUACACAAGAUGAAAAUCAUCACAACCAGAACUAUGCUGGCUAUGUAUUAGCACUAAAUGGCCAUCGGAAAUACUUUUGCCUGUUUAAACCCAAACUCUAUAAUGAAAUUGAGAACCGUGGUGCACUGAAUAGCUCAGAAUCAACACAAGAUGGGACUGAAUCUGAUGGUGCAGCUAAUACAAUGGAAACAGACAACCCAAAUCAACAUCCAUUUAGUUCCAAUCCAUCUAUUAAACAAACCAAGCAACUGCUCAACAGACUUAACCUAUGGAUGGACAGACUGCUCGAAGGGAUUCUGCAACGAUAUUAUGUACCCUUUUGGCCUGAGCUUCACUGAUGUUCUGUAGUCCUGGUAGCAUUUGUGCCGAAUUGCAUCUGAGCCAAUCUUCAUAGUGCAGAAAUACACAGCCCUAUCUCAAUUUUCAAGAAUAUUUUGUCCACUUUGUUUUCUAGCUGUGUAAUGCAACAGAGUCAUGUAAAGUGAAACACAAGAACCAGGCAAAUGAACAGUUAAAAAGCUGUGUUCACACAAACCUUUUUGCCCGAUGAGGAAAAAAAUAAACUCCUUUUAACUUGCACAGCAACCAAUGAGGGAGUUGGUGAGUGAAUGGAUUUUUAAAACA